CAACUUUUUCCGCUGAAAAUCUGCAUAGGUACAGGCUGUUGCAGGCUGCGUGCAGCUACCUAUAGGCUACCUAUGUAGCGCCAAUUGAACAGGUUCUCAAUCAUCUGUCCACAAAUCAAAUCUACAUUUCAAAUUGCUUCAUCAAAUCUGUCCCCUUUGGCGCCUUCUCACCUGCAAACACCAGCCUCCUUUCCUCUCCAAUCGCCCAACCCGCUUCGUCGAUCUUCCGCACCCUCUAAGCCCCACCCUCCCAUACAUCUCUCCAGCCCUUAGCGCCAGCAACCAUGUUUGAGGGAAGACUCCUGCAGGGCAGCCUGCUGAAGAAGAUUCUGGAGGCUGUGAAGGAUCUCGUCUCUGAUGCAAAUUUCAACUGCAAUGAAGGGGGCAUCAAGCUCCAGGCAAUGGACGGGAGCCACGUGGCUCUCAUCUCCAUGGAACUGAAAUGUGAUGGGUUUGACCACUUCAGAUGCGAUCGGAACCUGGUCCUGGGCAUCAACAUCAACAACAUGUCUAAGAUGCUCAAGUGCGCGGGCAACGAUGACAUCAUCACGCUUAAAGCAGAGGACGAGGCUGACAUCAUCACAUUCAUGUUUGAGAGCCCUGACCAAGAAAAGGUGGCAGACUUUGAGAUGAAGCUGAUGGACAUUGAUGCCGAGGAGCUGGGCAUCCCCGAGACCGAGUACGAAGCCAUGGUCACGAUGCCUUCUUCAGAGUUCCAACGGAUCUGCAGGGAUCUGGCCAGCAUUGGAGACACAGUGGUUAUCGGGGUAACCAAGGAGGGAAUCAGCUUCUCGACCGGGGGCGACAUUGGGAAGGCGAACGUCGUCUGCAGACAAAGCAGCAGUGUUGAGAAGGAAGAGGACCAGGUGUUGGUCAACCUCAACAACCCUGUCUCCCUAACCUUUGCCCUCCGAUACCUUAAUAACUUCACAAAAGCUACGUCGCUUUCACCCACGGUUAGGUUAAGCCUCUCAAAAGACCUGCCCAUCACGGUAGAGUACGAGAUCGAGAAGCUAGGCCACCUUCGAUUCUAUCUGGCGCCUAAGAUCGAGGAGGACGAGGGGCUCGAGGAGGUUGGGGAGAACUAGAAAGACUCGAAACGCUGUACAGAAAUGGAUCAUGUGACGUCUUGCUUUGAGGUAGCUUUUGUAUGCGCACAGACAUCAACUUUUUUCUUAUUGCGCCAUGUUUGGCCAGUCGCUUCGGC